UAACCCAAGUUUUUUAGUUACAAGUUCGAAGCAGACAAAAGUAUUGCAUACUGAUGCACUGAAAAAUCAUUUUAGUCAACCCUCAUUAACAAAAAGUAUCAAUGUAAGCCUUCCUGAAAGUCCACCAGAUUCUGGAUCUGAACCACCUUUUUCCCCUGUGCAUACAGAUAACAGCUUGAAUGGAAAAGAAGAACUAUCAACACCAAAAACAAUGAUGCAACCUGCUGGGGAUUUGAAGCAGUACAUGGGUUACAGCAAUACACAGCCCUUGAAACACUUGUCUGAAACAUCUCUCACAUUAUCAUCAUCUUUGCAGUUAUCUAAUCAACAGCAGACAAUCCAAGUUUCGAUUCCAUCUCAUUCUACGGUGUCUCAAGCUCUUUCCUCUGUUCCCAGUCAAAGUGCUUCUGUCGGUUCUAUGCUAAGUCAUCUUCAACACCAAAUUCCAAAUGUCCUUUCACCCAACAUUGGAUUGCAGCAACAAACCUUGGGACCGUCCACACCGCACUUAAGCUCACUUUAUGAGAAUGAUGAUUUCUUAUGUGACAGCUUGGAUAGCAGUAGUAAUUCUCACAAAAAGCGAAAACUGUCUACGAACACCAAAAACAUUAGCAACAACCUUUUAAAUGGAGUGGUGAAUGUCAAACAAGAAACAGUUGGUGGUGGAAUUUCACCCGAGCCCCAUGCCAAUACGCCCGGUCUAUCAGCCACAGAUGAUGAGUACAGCUUCGACUUCAGUGGGCCCGAUGGUUCUGGGAUGUUUCUGGAUUCUGCAUACCAAUGCAUUCGAUUUCAGCCUUUCCAACAAAAUACAUGGGUCAUUCUCUGUGAUCACUCCUUAAAAGAAUUACCACCUCCUAAUUUUAGGGUAGAUGCAGACAAAGGUUUCAAUUUCAGUAAUGCUGAUGAUGCAUUUGUUUGUCAAAAGAAAAAUCACUUUCAACUGACAGUGCAUAUUCAACCAGUCGGUAUCCCACACUAUGUGAAAACAACUGAUGGAGUUAAGAAAAUUGAUCAUUUCUAUUUACACUUCAAUGGUGUUAAGGUAGAAUCUCCUAGCCAAACAAUAAAAGUUGAGCAGUCACAAUCAGAUAGAAGUAAAAGGCCAUUUCAUCCAGUUCCCCUGGAUCUUAAUCCUGACCAAGUUGUUAAAACAACUGUCGGCCGCCUCCAUUUCAGCGAAACGACGUCCAACAACAUGAGGAAGAAAGGUAAACCAAACCCAGACCAAAGGUAUUUUUACCUUGUGGUCAGUUUGUGUGUUGCUUCCGGAGACCUGAACUACACAGUAAUUGCUCAUUCGUCGGAAAGAAUUAUUGUACGGGCAUCUAAUCCUGGACAAUUUGAAAACGAUAUGGAGCUUUCCUGGCAAAGAGGUCAACUUGCUGAUUCUAUUUAUCAUGCAGGACGUGUAGGAAUCAAUACUGAUAGGCCAGAUGAAGCUCUUGUGAUUCAUGGUAACAUGAAAGUGACCGGUCACAUUGUUCAACCCUCUGAUGCUCGAGCUAAAACUAACAUUGAAGAGGUAGAUACCAAAGAACAGUUAAAAAAUGUAGCCAACAUGAGGAUUGUCCGCUAUCAAUUUUUACCUGAAUUCGCCAAACAUAUUGGCAUAGGCGUUGAAAAUACUACCAGUACAGGAGUCAUUGCUCAAGAAGUGCAAAAUUUAAUUCCUGAUGCUGUUCAAGGGGCAGGUGAUAUUUUGUUGCCUAGUGGAGAGCAUAUCGAAAAUUUUCUUGUUGUAAAUAAGGAAAGAAUAUUUAUGGAAAAUGUGGGCGCUGUGAAAGAACUGUGCAAAGUGACAGAUAAUUUGGAAACCCGUAUAGAUGAAUUGGAAAAGGUCAACAAAAAAUUAAAUAAAGUAAAAAGGCUCGAUAGCUUUAAGUCCACAUCGAGUGGAAGUACUGUGAACAGUUGUAGAAGCACUGUAGCGUCUUCUAAAAAAGCUUCUCAUCAUUCUUACAAAUAUAAACGUGCACCAACGAAAAAAUCUUGCAGGGAUGAUGAUCGUUUUUGUAAUAAUUACUUUCUACAAGCAGUAAUUAUUCUUCUCAUUUUGAUUAUGGCUUUCUGUCUCGUCGCAAUGGCUUCUUUGUAUGUGCUGGAAUGGAGAAAACGACAAAUUCCUAUAAUCUCCUUUGAUGUGCAAGAGACGUCUUCAUUGUUUAAUGAUUCAAGCACGAGAGAACCUUCUCUGCUACCUGCUUUGGAAGUGGACAAAUCUCGUUCUAAUUUUGAAAAUUCAAUAGCAGUUCAAGGGAUAAGGAAAGAAAGCAGCAGAUUGAUGGAGAAUAAAAAAAUGGACAGCUCAAUCACAUAUACCCAAAGCACAAAAACAAUGACUCAGGCCAUGACUGCUAUCACGCCCGUGUCACUCAAUAUCAACCGCACAUCAAUACCGGUGUUCAAGCCGCGAAUCAUCGGCACUCCCUCAAAAUGCCGCAACGUACAACCCCAGAGUUCGGAGUGCAGCAUCUUCUGUUGCUUCGUUCCUGUAAGCCAAAGACGAGCGAUGUUUGAGAGCAGUGAGGAUGUUGCAUAUUCAGAGGCUUUUUCUGAGGGAAAACACCAUUUUAUAGAACUUAGCGACUCUCAAGAAGUCGAGGAUGUUCCUUCAAAGGAUCUCUAUAACAGCGAAAACAAACUAUUCUCCAAAAUACCAAAUGCAACAAACAGUUCAAGUGAUUCCUCGUCAUCCACCACAGUCUCGAUGAUGCCUUCCUUAUCGUCAAAUUUAGCGGACGAACACGCUGACCAUCAAAACCAACUUAAACCAAUCCGUGACAUAUUGAUCAUUCAGAGAGAUAAGACGUUGAAUGAGAAAAACUCUACCGAGGGGGCGACUGAUGGUGGCAACGACAAGAUGUCUGCCGUCAAUCAGUUUGAGCAGAAAGUAAGGAGCAUCUAUAAGAGUGAAAAGAAUCCUUUGGAGUUGAGGGAUUCUUUGAAAAGGCAAAAGAGGGGAUCGAAAUUAUUUCCACGGAAAGAUUUGCCAAAAGCAGUUGAAUCACUCAGACUUUUGGAGCUGAACACAACUAUCGGGCAAGAAUAUUGUAAUACCCUUCAAUGUGCGCACCGCACCGGUCCUAGUUUUAGUUAUCUUAUACCAAUAUCAAAGUACAUGGUUGAAGAAUAUGUUACUUUACAAUUUAACUUUGCCAUCCCCCUGAUAGUUGACCAUUGUCAGCCUGACAGCAAGCCCAUUGCUUGCCCGCUGCCUCAGAAUGGAGCUGGGGACCUACCUCAUGACUAUAUUAGGGAACAGAAUCUCACGGAAGAAGUAGAUCCUAGUUGGAGACUACCCAUUGGACUAUAUUUGCAGAGUGCAUAUCGGUUCAGAGUUCAAGCAAGAUCUGUUGUUUCAGACACUCCCUGUGCACUACCUGUAACUGAAUUAGGAUAUUCCUUCAUAGAAUAUGUUCUGGUGUUUCAAAGAACUUGUGAAAAAUAGAGAGAAUCAGACUCU